AUGCUCCGCACAGUCCCGACACUGCUGCCUAGGCGGGUACUGCGCUCGCCACCCGCCUUGAGCCGCUUCGCUUCGACCGCCUCGUCGUCGGCCUCCUCCCCACCUCGACCUCCUCCGCCAACACCGCCGCAUCCCGCCAAGCCCAGGCCGUGGGAGCCCUACCUCGCCCGCCUUCGCCACGACUACCCGCACGCCGACCCGCCAUCGCUCGUCAUCGCCUUUGUCGCCCUCCACGAGCUCACCGCCAUCGUCCCCCUCGUCGCCCUCUUUGCCCUCUUCCGCCACGUCGCACUCGGUACCGCUCUCGUCGCCUGGGUCGUCGCUCACUCCGACACCGACGACCGCGACCAGAGCGGCGAGGGAUCGACGCCGGCCACUGCCGCAGCGUGGAGGGUCACGGCGCGCGACUGGCUCAAGGAGGCCGAGGACAAGGCCGAGCGCGUCGGGCGACGCUACGGCUGGUUCGGCUGGCCCAAGGAGUCGCGCGACGAGCGAGCCGCUCGCAAGGCGCACCUCGCACAAGCCGCCGAGGACGGCCGCACCGCCGUCGACGAGCGCACCUCGGCCGACCAGCUGCGCGUGUCGGGCGACGUGGCCAACGCCGCCGCCGCCUAUCUCGCCGUCAAGGCCCUCAUCCCGCUCCGCAUCCUCGUCUCGCUCCGCCUCUCGCCCUCGCUCGCCAACGUCAUUGCUCGCAACUUCACCGGCCUGCGACAGCGCGGCAAGCGGUACCUGGCCAAGGCGGCGCCGGCAGUGCGAGAUGGAGCGGCAGACGCGUGCUCCGGUCCCGCUACACGGCUCGCCCUCUUCCGCCUGAUCUCCCUCCUCGCCCGACGCCCCUCGCCCUUUCCUCCUCCUCCUUUCACCAACCACCUCCGCACUCGCUCGCACGGGAUGCAGACCCUGCGCCUCAAGCGCCUCCUCGUCACGCACUACUCGCUCCUCGUCCCCUUCCCGCCGCCGCCGCCCUCGCCUCGUCCUUCGCCGCUUCGUCUCGCCUCGUCGGAGCACGCCCUCGGGCCCUCGCCGCCGCUCCUGCGCACGACGACGUUUGGCAGGCCGGGUUCGGGCUCGUGGCGCCGCUUGUACGGGCGCGGCGGAGCGGCCGUCGAGGGACGCGAGCGCGAGGCGGCGGGCGACUCGAGCGGUGGGACGGGGCCGGGCGCGCUCGACACGAUCGAGGAGCUUUCGGAGACAGCGCCUGCAGCGGGGGACGAGGGCGACGAGGAGGAGAAGGACGGCGGCGGACCGAGGUGGGAGGGAGAAGAAGGCGGAGGGCCCGUUCGCCUCGUCGGGUUCUCGGACCCGGACCCGCUCAACCCGCAGGGCUGGUCGACAACUCGCCGCACCCUCAUCACGCUCCUCCUCGCCGUCAUGUGCACCUGGGUCGGCGCGUGCUCGUCCAUGAACGUCGAGCUCGCGCACCAAGUCGCCGCCGACCUCGGCGUCGCGAGCGAGACGACGGCGCAGCUCGACACGGUCCUGUUCCUCGUCGGCUUUGGCGUCGCCGCGCCGCUUUGGGCGCCUUUGUCUGAGCUCGCAGGCCGCACGCCGAUCUACCUCGUCUCGCUUGCACUCCUCGCCCUGUUUGAGCUCGGCGCCGCCCUGUCGCCGACCUUUCCCGCCCGCGCAGCCCUGCGCUUCCUCGCCGGGUGCGCCGCGACGACGCCGCUGUCGAAUGCUGGGGCGGCGGUCGGCGACCUGUGGGACGAGGACGAGAGGACCGUCGCGUUCGGCGUGUUCGGCGUUGGCGGCUUCGCGGCCGUCCUCCUCGUCAUCUCGUUCGCCCUCCUUCCCGAGACCUACCCGCCGACGCUCCUCGCCUUCAAGGCCGCCGCGAUCCGCCGCCGCACCCGCUCGUCGGCCUACCUCACGCCGCUCGAGCUCGCUCGCCGCGAGACUUCGUUCGCGCACGACUUUCGCCGCACGCUCGCGAGGCCGUUCGUCAUGCUCGCGAGGGAGCCCAUCGUCGUGUGCUUCUGCGCGUACCUCACGCUCGUCUUCAUCAUCCUGUUCGGCAACCUCACCGGGUACCCGUUCAUCUUCUCGCCGCACUCGCUCAGCCCGGGCGAGUCGGGCACCCUCUUCCUCUCGAUCGCCGUCGGCCUCUUCCUGUGCGCCGUGUGCACGCCGGUCAUGCGCUCGGACUGGCGCCGUCGGGUCGGGCGGGCGCACGCGAGGGGGCAGGCGGUCGCGCCCGAGGAGCGGCUCAGGGUCGCGGUCGUCGGGACGUGGGCCGUGCCCGUGUCGCUGUACUGGGCCGCAUGGGUGUGCCGCCCCGGCGUGAGCAUCUGGGCGUCGCUCGGCGCUCAAGCCCUCUUCGGCGUCGGCAUCUGGUCGAGCUUCUACUCGGCCUUCCUCUACUGCAUCGACUCGUACGGCCACAAGGCGGCGAGUGCACUCGCAGCCCUGACCUUCCUGCGGUACCCGAUCGCGGGCGCCGCCGUUCUGUUCACGCCUCCGCUCUACGAACGCCUCGGUCCCCACCUCGCCCUCACCCUCCUCGCCUCGCUCUCGCUCCUCGUCUCGGUCAUCCCGCUCGUCUUUUACAAGUGGGGCGCGCGCAUCAGGUCGUGGAGCAGGGACGCGGUGCACUGA